UCGAUUACAGCAUGAACCAGCUUCAUAUCCUUAUAUUGGCCCUUCUUCCAGCUUUCAAUUCAGACACCAGCUUCUUCCUCAUCUACAACGAGGACCGCAAAACAUGUGUGUAUACAAAGAGUACUACUGUGGUACAGAGUGCACCAUGUAAUGAAUCAUCUAAAGCUCAGCAUUUCAGAUGGACUUCCUCUUCACAAAUCUUCAGUCGCUCGUUUAACCUCUGCUUGGGGUCAAAGAAUAUCAAAGAGAGGGCCAAAAUUAUCCUUCUGCCCUGCAAUGGUCUUGACCCAGUUCACAUCUGGGAAUGUAAAGAUAAAAGCUUAUUUGGAUUGAAGGGACAUAAACUGCACCUAAACCAAGGAAAAGAUCCAAAUCUGAUGUUGUUUUCGGGAAUAGGUGUUUGGAGUCAAUGGCUGAUUUAUAGGACCAAAGAAAAUUUGUGUUCUCAUGGAUAUAAAGAUGUCCCAGUGCCCAAUAUUACAGUGUUCAGGCAGAUGGAGGACAGAGAACACAUGAUUGUCAUGUGUUCAUUUGGAAAGAGGUUCAAUGAGAGCUCUUUCCAGCUGUCACUGAAGAGUGAACAGAACUAUACCUUGAAGAACCCACUGUGCAAUUCAAGUGAAAAGUGGGUGUUCGAAGUGAAUCGGAGUCUGCCGGUUUCCUUCACCUGUGUGCAUGAGACUGAUUCUGUUGUGAACCGUCAAAGUGAGACCUACACCUACAGCCCAUCAGAUUUUGCUGAAGAUUAUCAUGAGGAAGGGGUUUCUUUAUACUACAUCUGCUUAUUCUCCUCCGUUGGUGCUGGUCUCUUCAUCAUCACUGCAGCAGUGAUCGUGACCACCAUCAGGAGCAAAACUAAUGUAAUUGGCGGCCCACCUGCAAUACCACCGCGACCACCUCGGACCACAGGUUGAAAACCACUGGGUUAAAGGAUUACUUCUACAGAUAAUGACCAUUCUGAUGUAAAAGAGGACGUCAGAUUCUGAAGAGGAAAGAACAGCAAUCAAUUCAGACCAAUCAAUACAUUUCCGCAUGUUGAACUGUAAUACUCUUUCAACAUCCAAGUAAAAUUCCUAUUAUAUAAAUUUUAUCAACAUUGUAUUUUAUUCACAAUGUACCUUAUCUGCAAUUAUAAUGCAUAACCAUGAACUGAGAGUUUAUUGUUCUGCAAUUAUACUUUUUCACUAGCUCUUUACUAUGCUGGUUUACUCUUGAAACUCUGUAUUGCAAAUAUUUGUGGCUUUUGCAUUUAGAUUUUUCUCAU